CAUCAUGGCCACCAAAUCGUCCCAGUCCUACACCGCCCAACGUAUCACUCUCCGUUCCCCCACCCCUUUCUACACGGUGCUCUUCCGACUUGAGAAACUUACGAACCACCGUGCUGCGGCCGGUCUUCCCCGCCCGUUGACUUCCAAGGUGUUCGAGACGUGGGUUGAAGGACGUCUGGGGGAGAGCGGAUUCAUGUUCUUUAACGCCCACGCGCACUCGGAGUGGUUCUCCCUUUUCAGCCCUACCCCCACGAAGAAAUUCACGACCUACAUCCUCGGUAACCCACUCAUCGCGCGCACUCUGCUCGUGCAUGAGCCUCGUGCGGGGCUUAUAGUCCCCCCGCGAGUGUUCCUCAUGGAGGAAGAGAACGGCACGGCGAUUGUUUAUGACUUGCCUAGCUCGGUUGUCUGUCUUGAGGGGUAUGCGGGAGGGGAGGGGACGGCGCUGGAGGAAGCGGCUAGGGCGUUGGAUGGGAAGCUGGAGAGGGUGUUGAGGGAAGCGCUGGCUUGAGAGACUGGAGAUGCUGAAGGAUACGGAUCGAUUGCUCAACUCCCCUCUGGGAGAGGAACUUGCGUUAGGGCAACGUUAUGUGUGCGCCGUGACUGCAUAUGCGAUGAAU